CACUUUCACAGUUGUCACUUUCGUGCUAUUUUUUUUUGUCAGAAAUAAACAUGAAAAUAAUAUUAAUAGACAUAAGUAUAAAAGAAGAACAAUUAGAUUGGAUAAAAUGAUAAAAAUAAAUUAAAAGUGUUUUAUUCUUGGGUUUAAUUUCUUGUAGAAAGUUUGAUUGAAGGAAUAACUGGAUUGCUUGAUGAAUCAAUAUCUAAAGUACACAGUGUUGAUAUGCUUAUCGAAUCUUCAUUAAACACAGAAAAAUGGCUGAAUCUGCAGUGAGCUCAGAUUUAUUUACUGCUGCCAAACAGUUAGCAGACAGCGAGAUUGAGCUUAUAAAGACAAUUGAAAAUUCUAGCGCAUGCCAAAGAAGUGUUACAAAUAUGUUUGCAAGUGUAAAGAAAACAAAAAAAUCUGGGAAAUCAAGAAAUGUUCGUCCGUCAGCCGCGCUAUUGGCUGCUAAACGACAGGCGGCGCAGCGACAGUUGUUAGAGAAGAAAUCCAGUAAUAACUUCGUAAUGGACAUAUACCAGAGAGCACUCGAUACGUACAAAAUGAUGCGAAAGGAAACUGGCCUCGUGUUUGAUCGAAGCAUGGCAGAACACGAAUGCCUUUGGGAUCCUAAUUAUUCCGAGUGCCCAGCCAGAUUUACGCGAGUCUUGCAGAGAUGCGAAGAUUUGGGCCUGGUGCAGCGAUGUAAGCUUAUCGAGCCAAGAAUGGCCACAGAAAGUGAGAUCUUGACGAAGCACAGUCAAAAGCAAAUUGACAUUCUGAAAGCGACCGAUGGCUGUGCGGAUUCUGAGAACUUGGAGUUGCUGUCCUCCAAAUAUGAUUGUGUUUUUGUUCAUCCGUCUACGUACAAAUUAUCUUUACUGGCUGCGGGCUCGGCGAUCAAUUUGGUAGAAAGUAUUUGUAAAGGCGAAGUGCAAAAUGGCAUGGCUAUCGUCAGGCCACCAGGUCAUCAUGCAAUGGAAUCGGAGUACUGCGGUUAUUGCUUCUUCAACAAUGUAGCUAUUGCAGCGACGGCAGCUUUGAAUUCUAAUUUGGCGAGUAGAAUUUUAAUUGUGGAUUGGGAUGUUCAUCACGGACAAGCGACGCAACAAAUGUUUUACAAUGAUCCACGUGUAGUCUAUUUUUCGAUACAUCGUUAUGAACAUGGCGAAUUCUGGCCUAAUCUGAGGGAAUCUGACUUUCAUUACGUUGGAGAGAAUCUCGGAGAGGGUUACAAUUUUAAUAUACCAUUAAAUAAAACUGGAAUGACGAACGCUGAUUACAUAGCAAUUUUCCAACAAGUUUUAUUGCCAAUGGCUUACGAAUUUCAACCGAAUUUGGUAAUUGUGUCAGCUGGUUAUGAUGCGGCUCUGGGUUGUCCAGAGGGUGAGAUGCUGGUAACUCCAGCGUGUUAUGCGCAUUUACUGUCGUCACUAUUGAGUCUGGCAGCUGGAAAAGUCGCCGUGAUUUUAGAGGGUGGUUAUUGCCUGAAAUCUUUAGCAGAAGGUGCAGCUUUGACCCUAAGAACUUUAUUGGGCGAUCCGUGUCCCAUUUUACAAACACUCGAUUUACCAUCAUCAAGUAUACGGGACACUAUUUUGAACGUGAUCUAUGCACACAGACCGUACUGGAAGUGUUAUCAGUAUCAAGAUACGCAUAGUGUCAAUAGUGUAACUCACAACAAAGAGGAGAUUGCCAAUCGACAUGUAAUUAUAGUCACGUACAAAGGCAGUGAAGUUAAACCAGACAAAUACGACACUCGAAAUUGCUAUCCUGUACAGAGCACGGAGGUUUUCGAUGCCAUGGACAAAAAGUUGAACGACCUGAUACUAUUUACAAACUUGCGCAAAGCGCCGCAUAAAGUGUGCAUUGUCUACGAUGAUAAAAUGCAGAAGCAUUGCGACAUUUCUGACAACACACAUCCAGAGAAACCAGUUCGCAUCUCCAGCAUUUAUAAGAGUCAUGAAGAGCAUGGCUUGCUGGAACGAUGUUAUUUGCUACAAGGAAGAAGCGCAACAAUGGAAGAAUUGUGCUUGGUUCAUUCGAAGGAUUACAUCGACAGUAUCAAGAGAACAUCAACUUUAAAACUCAAGGAGUUACAGAAACAAGCAUCGGACUACAAUUCCGUGUAUCUUCACCCUGAUACGUGGUCGAGCGCUUGCAUAUCUGCUGGCUCUCUUUUGCAAGUGGUGGACGCAGUUUUGAAUGGGGAAAGUCAAUCCGGAGUGGCCAUCAUAAGGCCGCCUGGUCACCAUGCCGAAGAAGACACUGCGUGUGGAUUUUGUAUUUUCAAUAACGUGGCGGUGGCUGCAACUUACGCUGUACAAUUUCAUCAUCUAAAGAGGGUACUGAUAGUAGACUGGGACGUGCAUCACGGAAACGGGACGCAAUCUAUAUUCGAGGAAGACCCGAAAGUUCUUUACAUCUCCGUUCAUCGUUACGACAACGGCAGCUUCUUUCCGAACUCGAAAGCGGCCAAUUACACGAGCGUCGGUUUAAACGCGGGCGAAAGAUUCAACGUAAACAUACCGUGGAACAAGAAAGGAAUGGGAGAUGCGGAAUAUAUAGCUGCUUUCCAGCAAGUCGUGAUGCCCAUCGCUUAUCAAUUUAAUCCAGAGCUAGUCUUGAUUUCUGCUGGAUUCGAUGCUUGCAUAGGCGAUCCACUCGGAGGCUGCCAAGUGAGUCCGGAGCUCUACGGCCAUUUAACUCACUGGCUCUCAUCUCUGGCUAACGGUCGCGUAAUCCUCAGUCUUGAGGGAGGCUAUAACAUCAAUUCCAUCUCCCACGCUAUGACCAUGUGCACCAAGAGUCUGCUGGGCGAUCCUCUGCCUGUGCUGGAUCCUGGUCUGAUCCCCUGCACUAGUGCAAUCAAUUCCAUUAACAACGUGCUGAAGACUCAUAAGAGAUUCUGGCCCAAUCUGCAAUAUGGAAUGUCCUUGCCGAAAGAAAAUAUACUUCCCAAACUUAAGACAGCCAAUAAACUUGAAGAGCAAGGAAGAAACGUGGAGAAGCAGAAACGCACCGAAUCGAAGAUCGCUUUGGAAGUAAUCGAAAGUGAGAAACUGGAGUUGAAUUUGGCGAUCGAUAAGAACUGUUUGAAUCUCGUGACGGACGAGGAGAUUUUGAAGCUGACGAACGAAGUGGAGAACAUUAAAAUUAAGAAUUCCGAACUGGACGCGGGGAGAAGUGAAGCGGGCGAGAUCACGAGGAGUUCGAGAAAGAGCGAGGCGAAAAGUUUGGACGUUUCACAGAGUAUACAACAAUGCGUAAACGAGUCGAACCAGCCGAGAAGCAGCCAGCAAAGAAGUUCCAGCACACACGAGAGCCGCGAUGACGAGGGUGCGGCAUCUCUGCAACCUGAAACGCGUUCUACCCUCAUGGAAUAUCUCUCUGACAAUCUUCAGGCACUGACGGCAGGGGAAAUGUUCGCAGUGAUGCCCUUGCGAGACUGUCCGCACUUAUUUACAGUCAAUGAGGUUCCUUCGGGCGGAAUCGACGUGACUGCUCCGUGCAUGGAAUGCGUCAGUACCGCGGAGAAUUGGAUCUGCUUACAGUGUUACACUGUGCACUGCGCUCGUAAUGUUAAUCAGCACGCCAUGCAACAUGCGGAGGAGUGUGAACAUCCCAUUACACUCAGCUUCAGCGAUAUUUCUGUCUGGUGCUACGGUUGUGAGGCGUACAUCGAUAAUCCUCGAUUGUACGCUGCAAGAAACGCGGCUCAUCAAAGCAAGUUCAAUGAGGAGCUUCCUUGGACUUAUAGCGAAACUAGCGUAAACGUAUCUUAACUAAAAGAAUAUACGUUAACUAAAAAAAAUUAUAAAUUUUUUUUAGGCUUUUUUUCAGGCUUUGCGUAAAAAUUCAAAAUUGAAACAUAAUCAAUAUAGAUUAAGUCUAAAAUAUUAAAUAAUUAAUACAGGACGCAAUAUUUUCUAUAAUUCAACUAAAAGCCGUUGCAAAUAAUCGAAUGGUAAAAAUUGCUUAAUUUCAAUAGCUUUUAUUCGAGUCAUUGAUUAUUAACUUCAUUAAAAGAAUAUUUUAAUUAUACUAAACUAAAAAUACCUCGUGCUAGCUCAACGGAUUGUAGGAUGCAUGGUGUUCCGGAAAAUUCAGAAAUUCAAUGAGUUAAUAAAUUUCUAAGCAAGUUAUCUUUUCAAUUCUUCUGCAAAUAAUGAAUUAAUUCAUUUUCAUCAUUAUUUUAUUUAUUAAUUUUAUUCAUUAAAUGAUAUUCCAUAAAAUUUUUCCGGUAUACCAUGUACAUUAUAUAUUUUUCUAUAUAUAUUCCGUUCCAUGAGAGUGAUUCUCUCAGGAGAUAGAGCAUAACAAAUAAUAAAGAUAAAAAUUAUAUCAGAAAAAAAAAAUAAACUUUCUUUAAUAGGAAUUUGUAAUUAAUU